AUGCCCUACACGCUGUUCCUGAGCUUUCUGGCGGUGCACGGUACUGUGAUCAUGGUGGGUCUGCCCAAUGAUGAGAUCAAGUUCAAGCCGUUCCCGCUCGUAGGCAAGGGCCUCAAUUUUAAGGGCAGCGCCAUCGGCAGCAUCCAGGACAUCAAGGACAUGCUGGAUGUGGCGUCCAAGAAGAACGUACGCCCUGUGAUCCAGAAACUUCCCAUGAGCAAGGUGAACGAGGGCAUCCAAAUGGUGCGCAACGGCACUGUGCGCUACCGCGUCGUGCUGGAGAACUGA